AUGUCGGCUGCGGGCGGCAGCAGGUCGAGCAAGAGGAGGAGGCUGGAGGGAUCAGACGAGGCGAGGGAGGAGGGAGGAGAAGAAAGGAACGCAAAGGGAACGAAGAAGAGAUCGCCAACACGAGGAAGUACUUGCGAGCAUGGACGGCAGCGAUCGGUCUGCAAGGGAUGCGGGGGCAGUGGCAUAUGCGAGCACGGGCGGGUCAGAUCGGUCUGCAAGGAGUGCGGGGGGGGCAGCAUAUGCGAGCACGGGCGGAUCAGAUCGCAAUGCAAGGGAUGCGGGGGGGCAAGCAUAUGCGAGCACGGGCGGAUCAGAUCGGUCUGCAAGGAAUGCGGGGGCAGCAGCAUAUGCGAGCACGGGCAGCAGCGAUCGCAAUGCAAGGGAUGCGGGGGCAGCGGCAUAUGCGAGCACGGGCGGCGGCGAUCGCAAUGCAAGGGAUGCGGGGGCAGCAGCAUAUGCGAGCACGGGCGGGUCAGAUCGGUCUGCAAGGAGUGCGGGGGGGGCAGCAUAUGCGAGCACGGGCGGAUCAGGUCAAAAUGCAAGGGAUGCGGGGGCAGCGGCAUAUGCGAGCACGGGCGGAUCAGAUCAACAUGCAAGGGAUGCGGGGGCGGGAGCAUAUGCGAGCACGGGCGGGUCAGAUCGGUCUGCAAGGGAUGCGGGGGCAGCAGCAUAUGCGAGCACGGGCGGCGGCGAUCGCAAUGCAAGGGAUGCGGGGGCAGCAGCAUAUGCGAGCACGGGCGGAUCAGAUCCAUAUGCAAGGAGUGCGGGGGGGGCAGCAUAUGCGAGCACGGGCGGGUCAGAUCGAGGUGCAAAGAAUGCGGGGGAGGGAGCAGCAGGUACAAGCAGGGGAGGAGCUGA